UCGCGUCGCGUGUGCUUCUUUCUCGCCUUCUUCAGUCCGCGGCGUUGUUCCAGAAGCUUCUGGAAAGUCGGGGAAACCCCCAUGGCGUCCGGCGAUCCGGUGGACGCGCCGGCGGCGGCGGCGGAGUCGAUGGAGGUGGAGGCGGACCAGUGCCUCGACCUGACGAGCUGCCAGCUGCACGAUCUGAGCGAGGUGGAGAUCCCGCCCACCCUGGAGGAGCUCGAACUCACGGCGAACCGCCUCGCCGCCGUCGACCCCCGCAUCGGCCGCCUCCCGGGCCUCCGCAAGCUCUCCUUCCGCCAGAACCUCCUCGACGACGCCGCCGUCGCGCCCCUCUCCACCUGGGCCGACAUCGCUGGGCUGCAGGAGUUGGUCUUUAGAGAUAACAAACUUACAACGAUUCCUGAUGCCAGCAUCUUCAAAGGCCUUCUGGUCUUUGAUGUAUCUUUCAAUGAGAUAUCUUCCUUAAAGGGGCUGUCCAAGGUUUCCAGCACACUGAAGGAACUCUAUGUUUCAAAGAAUGAAGUUGCAAAGAUGGAGGAACUCGAACACUUUCAUGCAUUACAAAUUCUUGAACUUGGUAGCAACAGAUUGAGGGUGAUGGAAAAUCUAGAAACCUUGGCAAAUCUGCAGGAGCUAUGGCUGGGAAGAAAUCGAAUAAAGACAAUCAACCUAUGUAGUUUGAAAGCAAUAAAAAAAUUAAGCUUGCAAAGCAACAGACUGACUUCAAUGAAUGGGUUACAAGAAUGUAUUGCACUAGAGGAACUAUACCUCAGUCAUAAUGGAAUACAAAAGAUGGAGGGUCUCUCUACCUUGCAGAACCUUCGUGUUUUAGAUGUUUCAUCCAACAAGCUAACUGCUAUCGAAGAUGUUGAAACCUUAAGCAGGUUGGAGGACUUGUGGUUGAAUGACAACCAAAUACCAUCACUAGAUGGGAUAGAAUCUGCUUUGGCUAGUUCACGGGAGAAGCUGACUACCAUAUAUCUUGAGCGGAAUCCUUGCGCAAAAGCUCCAAACUAUUCAUCCACGUUGAAGACAAUAUUUCCAAAUCUUGAGCAACUCGAUUCAGAUAUGCUAGCAUGAAACUGAUGUCCUUCUGUGAAGAUAGGGAAGACACUCCUGGAGUAGCUCUACUAGCGUUGUUUUUUCUAACAAUCAAAGCGUGAGAAGCCUUCCAGUUCAAGAACAAGUAAUAAUAAACCAUGGAUGAAGCAAUGCAACAUUAUUGUGCUCAAUAUCUAAAUUGCUUCACCUUUUUUUCCUGCUCCAUGUUCUGAUGCUGUUACUGGAUGGAUCAUCGUGGGCUUGUCUUUGUCAAACUAUACUCCCAUAUACAGAGAUCAAGGAAGGUGAGUUAGAGAGGUAGAGCGUGUGGGACUGAAUGAUAAACCAAUAAAACCUAGCGAACUGAUGUUUUUGACAGAUGAUGUUGCAUUUGACUAUUCUGUCACAGGAUGUUGCAUUUGAUAUUACCUGUACUAUGUUGACAUGUAUGCUAUUGCAUUUGCUGUAGAUGUCUGAGAUUGAUUCAAGUUUAUGAAAGCAGCACACAUUUGAAUGUUUAUGGCUUAACUUA